AUGCAGUGGCGAUUGCUUUUGCUGCUGUGCUCUGCAGGCCCGAGCGGAGGUGCCUUCAACACCUGUGAUGACGUCUCUGAGCUGAAGGUGUCAUUACUUCAGAGCUCCGUACAUGUGAGGAGCCGUGAGCAGCACCAAAGCUCACACACCAGGAGCAGCGGUGUUCAUCGCGCUGCGCGGGUAGACCGCUGGCCGCUGGCCCUCUCUGCAGCGCUGCUGCUUUGUGCCGGCUGCUACCGAUCGCUCAGCAGCCGAGCCUCCAUCGCGGAGAUGCCGAAGAUCCUGAUCUUCGUCUUCUGGAUGUCUUGGUACCAGUACUUUUCGGGCGACCCCUUCGAUGCCUUUGUGGAGAGCAUGGCGCAGUGCCCGUGGCCAGCACCGGUGGGCGGCCGCUGCCCGGCAGGAUCCAGGCUCCAGGGCAGCUUCUGUGUGCCAGAGCCCAGCGACAGCCCAGAGUGGUCGCUCUCUGCACGCUGUGCAGACAAGAGCCUGGUCUUGAGUAAGGCGGCGCGCCUCAAUGGCAUCAAUGCUUCCAGUGCCAGCGCUGUCACUUUGCUCACUGUUCUCUUGGCGGGCGCCUACAUGGACAGGAUUGGCCGCAAGCCCGUGAUCCUUUUCUUUCUCCUGUCCAGCAUCUUGGUGAAGAUACUUUUGUCCUUCUCCUGCUUUCUCAGCUGGUCGCCCUUCGUGAUGGUGAUCAUCGCUCAGAAUGUGUUGGAGGUCAUGAGCGCUUCUCCGGUUUACCCAGCGCUCAACUGCAUGAUUUCGGACCUCACGCGCGGAGAUGAGAAGGAGCGAGGCGACUGCUUCUCGGCCUUGGAGGUCACCAAGAACUCGGCGAGCCUGCUCGCGCUCAUCAGCGGCUACCCCGUUCUGCGGGCCCACCAGACCAGCUACUUGCUGUUCUGGGCAUCUUUGGCACUCGUGAGCAUCGCCGCCUGCGCCUUCUUUUGGCGGGUUCUGCCCGAGACGAGGAAGAGCGAACAAGAGGCGCCCGCCUCGGUGUGGAGAUCCUUGUGCGAAGGACUGAAUUGCUGCUUGGCUGACGCGUUCCUGGGGCAGUAUCUGGUGCUUUGGGCCAUUAUCAGCCUGGCAGUGAACAGUGCCUGGGGCCUGUCAACUAUGUACCUUCAGUCAUACAUCGGCAUGGAGCAGGCAAACGCCUCUCUCUGCCGCGCUCUGUGGUUUCUGGCACUGCUGGCUGGGUCAGCGCUGAGCGCGCCCUUGAUGCGCCAAGGCGUCCAUCAGACACAUGGCGCGGCGCUGCUGUGUAUGGCAGCUUUCUGGGGCCUCUGCGCCCUCGGUGGCGUCCACAAGCACCUGGCAGCACCGCUCUUCUGGGUAUUCGGCGUGGGCGGUUUUGGGGUGGCCUACGGGGUGCUGACCCCCGGCUUCGGCGCGCUGGUCAGCUCCCGCGCGCCUCCGGAGUGCCAGGGCCAGGUCUUCGGCCUCGCCGUGGUGGUUGGCACACUGCUCGGUAUACCACUGGGGCCGCUCUGGAGCCAGGUCUUUUUCGAUGCCGCGGCCGAGGGCUGGCGAGCCACACUGCCUUGGCUGGUGAGCGCAUCGCUGCUGGCGCUCUGCGGGGUCUGGUUCUUUGUUAUCUCCUGGCUGCGCCGCGAACCGUGA